GAUGAGGAUCACGUGACCCCUAGAGUGGAGUGCGACGUUGUCAGAUGUUGUGUCGAGUGUCAGUGUUUGUGAGGGCGGCGAUGAGGGAGUGUCUGUGUCGUGCUCCAAGCUGCAUAACCUGUGAGAGCAAGCUUGAUUAAAGGGAAAUACCGCUGAACAAGUGCUAGGGAAAGUUUAAGUGAAGCGUAGAGUGCAAAAAAAGAGGUGGAUGAGUUUGAAGUGCGAUAGUGGCCGAAUUUGUUAGAAAUUAAUUAUAAGGCGAGUGCCCCUUGCGGGUGGAAUACGCUGUGUGUAGGCAAAACCUUGGAUAGGAUAACUUGUACUUGGGACAUGGAUUAUGGUCUCUCCCUUCUCUGAUUCAGGUGAGGGAGAGAGACGAAGCGAGCGCUCCUCCACGGUCCAGGAGAUACACAUCAACCCGCUGCCACAGUGUGUGGUGCUGGAAGUGAUGGUCACCUCCACCACACAGUGAUGACUACCGUCACCACACAACGCCACCCAGGAGUCCGUGGAUUAUGAUUGGGCAAGCGGACCCCGUGUCCACCCACCCAUGGAGCCCAAAUGACAUGAUGUUGGCAGCGGGAACCGAGAGACGACCCGAGCUAGCAGGCCGCAGGAGCGGCACAUAAGACAAUAUCAGCACAGCUAGGGGUAUGCGUGGUACAGUGAAGCAGGGAAGUGGGGGUGCAGGCGGGGGGGUGAAGGAAGAAGGCGGUGGUGUGGUGAAAACAACAAGUGGUGGUGGGAGGCGGAGCAAAGCCAACAACACACAUGCUGCCCAAAUCCCAACCGCAACCAUCAAGCAAGAAGUGGGCGCAGAGGUGAAGCCCGACCCCGAUGCUGCAACUGCCACUACGCCCUGUCUCAAUGGUGAUGAUCCAGUGUCCAAAACUGCCUCCACCUGCCCCGGCAACAAUAACAACAACACCAAUGCCAAUAAUAAUAACAAAGCAGGAACUACUGCCAAGGUUAAAACAGAAAUAGCUAAUGGAGGCCCAGAAGGAGAUAUAAAACCUAUUACGACAUCAACUACCACCGCCACUACCACUGUCACUACUACCACCACAACAACUACCUCCACAACCACCACCACCACUCCGCCACAUACUAGUGAAGGUUGUAACGUUAUUGGUGAUGGUGACGGGGCUAAAGUGGCGGGUGUCUGCGCAGGAGUUGGCAGCCUGGAUGGGGUCUCCCUACCCCAACUCCACACAGCAGAUGGAGGGGACGGGGGUGUUCUGGGUGCGGGCAUGGGAGGCAUGGGGGUGAAGGGCGGGUCAGGGGCAGGAGUGUCAACCAGUGAUGCCCAGUACAUGCAGCAACAGAGCCAGAUUUUCGUCUUCACUACCCACUUGGCCAACAAAGCUGCGGAGGCUGUUAUACAAGGAUCCUUUCAUAAUAUCAUCGCCUUUCACUGUGCUCAACCCGGGACAAAGAAAUUACUAGAGAAACACCCUCUGAAGACCACCCAGUUUGUCCGCCAUAAUCCUGCCCAGUGGUUGAACAACUUAGUUGUCAAGGGCAACAAGGGAGGCCAUAUGAAAGGUCCCAUGGUUCCUAAUGGCCCUAUGAUGGCCAAUGGUCCCAUGGGGCCUGGUGGACCCAUGGGUCCAUGUGGACCUAUGGGAGGACCUGGUGGGGAGAUGGGACCCAUGGGUGAGGGGCCUAUGAUGGGUCAUGGAGACAUGAGCAGUCCUGGCAUGAUGGGUCCUGGAGGUCCUGGUAGUAUGAUGGGCCCAGGGCAUAAUGGGGGACCUGGAAUGAUGGGACCAAGAGGACCAAGCAUGAUGGGUCCUGGAGGGCCAGGGAUGCCAGGACCUGGUGGACAGAUGAUGAUGCCUAUGAUGGGACCUAAUGGACAGAGAGUACAAGGUGCCCCAGCAGGCGUUAAAGUACCAGAUGAUCACCUCACACCAGAACAGCGUCAGCACCGAGAAGAACAAAUGGCUCGGAUACGUCACAUGCAAGCAUUAUUACUGCCAGAACUCCAUUCUCCAAGCCAGAAUGAUAAUGGCCAUCCUGGAAACCAGCCUCCUUGCUCUUCGGGUCAAAGUGUAGCAAAUAUGAUGCCAUGCUCUCAAAGUCAAACACAAUCAGUCUCACAGGUUUCCCAGUCAGGCCCAUCCUGUUCCCAAGCAACACCUGUUACCUGCAUGGGUCCAUCUCCAGUUACUGGAAUGGGACCUUCUCCUGGUAUGGGCACUAGUCCAAAUAUGGGACCCUCACCAGGAAUGGGUCCUAGUCCAGGAAUGGGCCCAAGUCCAGGCAUGCCCAACACCAGUAUGGGUCCAGGGCCAGGCAUGGGUCCUGGCAUGGGCCCAGGGCCUGGGAUGGGUAUGUCACCAGGUAUGAUGGGUCCUGGUGGUCCAAAUUCUAUGGUGUCCCAAAGUGGGGUAAUGAUGGGUCAAGGCCACAUGGGAAAUAACAUGAUGAUGACCUCGCAAGCAAACAUGAUGGGUGGCCCAAUGGGUCCAGGUGUCCCAGGAAUGAGAAUGGGCCCUGGUGGGCCCCAAUCUAUGAUGAUGGCUGGACCAAAUCCUGCAUCAUCUAUGGCAGCUCAAGCUGAGUGGCAAAGAUUGCAAGCAGAAUUUUUUGAAAGUAAGAGAAAAAAAGGUGGUCCAGGAUGUCCAGAUGGUUCCAUGGGUCCAAUGGGUCCAAUGGGACCUAUGGGUCCUGGUGGUCCAAUGGGUCCUGGGGGUCCAAUGGGUCCAGGUGGGCCUAUGGGACCAGGUGGACCUAUGGGUCCAGGUGGACCUAUGGGACCAGGUGGACCUAUGGGACCAGGUGGACCUAUGGGCCCAGGUGGACCCAUGGGUCCAGGUGGACCCAUGGGACCAGGUGGGCCUAUGGGACCAAGUGGGCCUAUGGGUCCAGGUGGUCAUAUGGGUCCAGGUGGUCCUAUGGGUCCAGGAGGACCUAUGGGUAUGGGCAGUCACAUGGUAGGAGGACCUAUGAUGCCUGGGUCAUUGAGUGGUAAUAUGGGUCCUGGUGGUAUGCGCCCCAUGGGCCCUGGUGCCCGUAUGCAGGGUCCACCUCCCCCAUAUCACGGUCCACGUCCCAUUGGUAAUGGCCCCUUGUCAUCUCCGGGGUCACCAUCUAUGUGUGCCAUGACUUCCCCUCGUAUGCCAGGAGGGGGGCCUGGAGGAGGGCCAGGAGGGGGUCCAGGAGGAGGGCCAGGCAUGAGACUAGCAGGGCCAGGUGACUCUCCUCGACCACUAAACCCAAGUAACCCAACAACUCCUGUCAGUGGGCCUCCCAUCACCAGCCCAUCACUACAACAGAAAGAUCAGCAGCCUCACACACCACAGUCAGGUGACACAUCAUUUGGGAGACAGUUACAAACCUUGGCUCAACAAAAGCACCAGCAAGCAGGACAGCCACAAGGAGGAAAGGAGCCUAACCUUAUGCCAGUCCCAUCCCCCCAACAGAUACAAUACCUCAGUACCUUUGAAGGUCAGGAACUGACCAUUCAGAAACAGCCAAACACCAGCCUUCGAGAUUCUGAUAUUAUGUCUCCGCUGGGAGAUACCAGUGUUGGUGAUGGGAGUCGAUUAUCUGGCCCAGGAACUCCAUUGGGUGGUCCCACUACCCCUCUUACGCCAUCCUCUGAGCCAGCACCAAGGUUCACAGGUCCAAAUACACCGGAUCGCUUCCCCGUGCCAUCACCUGGCAUGCCAGUGCACUCUGCUCCUCAUACCCCUCAAGCAACGCCAGAAAAUAAGGGGUCUCAACAGCGGUACACUGGUCCAUCGCCGCAGGCACAAGCUCAGUCAACCAACUCUAGUGCCACCACAACUCCUACGAACAACAAUAGCAAUAAUAGUAGUACCAACACUGGUAACAGCAACAGUAAUAAUAACAGUAAUAAUAGUAAUAAUUCCAACACUAGUAACAACAGUGGUAGUCAAAGUGGUCCCAAAACACCUUCAAUGGACUCCAGAUUCCCAGUUCCAUCGCCCAAGACUCCCAGUAUGUGUAGUGGUCCAACAACGCCUAGUGGGGCAGACAGUAUGCCACGAUUCCCAGGAGCUUCACCUCUACAGUCUGGAGCAGUCGGUCCUGGAGGGGAUAUGACUCCCAUAGGAGCAAGAUUUCCUGGUCCUGUGGGUGGACCAACACCAGCAUCAGCAAGCAGCAAUCCAAUGAUGAGCAAGAUGAGUAGUGGGUUCUCCAUGUCUCCAGGUAAGAUGGCAUCUAUGGAUAUAGCUGGAGAUUUUCAUAAUCCAACAGCAGCCAACUUGCCUCUCAACCCCAAUUGCAGCACACCUGGUGGUCUGCCUGUAUCAGGCCCUGGCAAGGUGUUUGACCCCAUCUCCUCUAUGGCUCAAAUGAGCCAGCAGCUCACUUCUGGAGCUUCUGGUUCCUCACCUCCUGUGUCUUCAGCUCCCACACCCACCAUGCCCACUGGGACAGGACCUGCCAUGAGUGUAGGAGGACCAUCUGGUCCCAGUGGCCCUAGCAUACCAAGUGGACCAGGAAUGCCAGGUGCACCUGGGCUGCCUGGUGGACAUGGUAUGCCUUGUGGGCCUGGAAUGCCUACUGGACCAGUCAUGCCUGGAGGUCCUAACAUGUCAGGACCCAGUAUGGGUGGACCUGGAAUGCCAGGACCUGUCAUGCCUGGUGGGAACAUGAUGGAUGGUCCUGGAAUGGGGAUGGGAAUGCCUCCAGUAUCAUCCAGUCCAGGCAUGAUGCAGAGUCAUGGAGCAAUCUCCUCUCCGGUAUGCAGUGGUGGUGGUCCAAGAGGAACGUCUCCCAGCAGUAUGUCCAUGAUGGGUGGACCCAACACUCGAAUGGUUGGUCCUAACAGCAUGGUGCGACCCCCUGCUCCUAACUGUACUAUGGCCGGGCCGUAUCCCGGGGCAAAUGUGCAAGUGAAACCCAGUGCUCCAAAUACUAUACAGUACCUGCCAGCUAGACCACAGAACACUGGAAAUGGUCCCCGAGGACCACCAAGCUUAGACUUUUUACCGAGGUUUAAUAAUCCUAAUGUGGACAGUAAAGUGCCGAGUUCGCCCAUGUUCCCUAACAGUAGUACUCCCAAUUCUAUGUGUGGGUCCAAUGUGCCAAUGUCGACUAUGGCUAUGAGUGGGCCAUGUGGGCCAAUGACAGGACAUAUGUCUGGACCUAUGAAUGGACCAGGUGGACCAAUGGGUGGCCCAAGUGGACCAAUGGGUGGCCCAGGACCUAUGUGUACUAUGGCUGGGCCUAAUGGACCUAUGGUUAAUAUGAGUAAUAAUAUGAGUAAUAUGAGUGGACCUAAUGGACCUUUUCCUAUGUCAGGACCAGGUGGCCCCAUGCAAGGUCCAAAUGGUCCAAUGGGCAUGGGUCCAAAUGGUCCAAUGGGUGGCCACAUGGGAGGGCCAGGUGGGAUGAGUGGACACAGUGGACCUAUGAUGGGCCCAAAUGGACCCAUGGGUGGGCCAAGUGGACCUAUGAUGGGACCUAAUGGACCUAUGGGAAUGAAUCCAAGUAUGAUGGGUGGAGCCUUAGGUCCUGGAAGUCAAAUGAUGGGACCUCGUGGUGGGGGACCCAUGAUGCGUGGGCCCAGUCCUGGUGGUAUGAUGGGAGGUAUGGGUAGUGAUAUGUAUCCCAUGGGAGGACCUGGCCCUAACAUGAGUGGAGGCCCAAUGCCCACUGGCCCAGGUCCCAACCCUGGUGGCCCUAAUCAAAUGUUGAGUGGGUCAGGACCAAUGUAUGGGCCUAAAACUUCUCCUGUGGGCAUGAACAUGGGUGGACCUAUGUGUGGGGCGCCAGACACAGCUCAGCCUCUUCCGCCAUCUAUGGGACAGUCGGGUAGUUUCAAGAACUCUCCAUUCAUGGGCCCCACCACUGCUGACCCAACGUAUGCCGCCCAGUUCCACAGCUUCCAGCAGCAGCUGUACGCCACCAACACCCGUGGGGGCCCCAGCAUGCCCAUGCCUGGAUCCAUGGGUGGCCCUGGUGGACCAGGAGGGCCUGUUGUGACAGGUCCACCAGGAGGGCCAGGCAUGCCUGGUCCUGGGCCUAUGCCUGGCCAGGGCUUCCCAUUUAACCCCAAGUGAGGCAUGGGGAAAACUACCUCACAGGUGACCUGGUGCUAGCAGCUGCCGCCCAGCACACUCACCACUAUGCAACUCUACCCCUCCCUUCACCCUUGCUGGCCACCAGUGGUGGUGGUUGUGACGGUGGUGGUGAUCCUGCUCAAGUGUGGUGGUGGUGGUGGUGGUGGCGUGCCCCCUCCCCCGCGGCCCCUUGCCCCCUGACCAGUGACCCGUGGCGGGUGUGAGGGUCGCCCCUCCCCACCCACCCGUGUGCCCGUCCAGUGGUGGGGUUGCCCCCCCUACCCCGCACAGUCCACUCAGUUCUCACUUUUCAGGGCAACUUGUAAGUUUGUAGUUUCAAUACUGUUAAUGGGGUGCUUUGUAGUGUAAGUUAUUCUUGCUCUGUUCACCUAUCUGUCCUUCAGUGGUUGUUGACUGCUAGAAGAUUUAUUGCCAGUGCAGUGUUGAGGUGGAAUGAAGGCGGUGUGUGGUGCCUGGCAUGGGAUGGCCCAGCUCAUGUGCAGGGUCUGGCGUGGUGGCCCAGGCAGUGAGUGGUAUGAGCCGGCCUCCUGUAAACCCCCACGUCACCUAAAGUACUGACAAACGCAUGCUAAUUGUUCUGGUGUGACCUUAGGCAGGCCACAGUGUUAUUGGUGGCACAGCCAGUGCUGUGUGAUGGUGCAGCUAAAAAAUUUAGUUUUUUUUUUUAAAUCAUUAAUUUCCUAAAACUGACAAUCAGUCUUUGUCAUGUAUAUAUAUAUGUGUGUGUAUGUACAUGCAUACCCAUGUCUGUAUAUACACACACACACAAAAGUGUGCAUGUACAUAUAUAGAUGUAUGUACGUAUAUAAAAUAUAUACAUGUACAUAUUUAUAUGUACAUACAUUAUAUAUAAAUUGCUUUUACUUUUGUGAAUGUGUGUUGUACAAGUUGAAUUACUAAGUAAUACAGAAAGGCCGGUUUGCCAAGGUUAUUUCCAUCAUAAAAUGCGUCAAGGAAGGUGCUUAUUCGUCCACCUCGCUGCACUGGUUGAUCAAAAUGUCUACUAUGACAUCAGCAUUGUACAAAUUGUUGAGCCCUCUCUCUCUCAUGCCACACUUACAUCCACUGCAAUGCAAUAUUCAUGGAUGCAGCUGCUUAAAUGAUGAAAGUGAUUUUUUUUGGAUGUUAAAUUCCUGGUUAAGUUCAUCCCUUGAAAUGGUGAAUAUUUGUCUGAUCCCUUCUUUGUAUCAUUGUAAAGUUUGUAUUAUAUGUAAGUUUUUGUGUUUUCCUUUUUUGUUGUUUUUUAAGGUCACACUUCUGAAGCUACGGGCCGACCCUGAUGUUUUGGCAGUAUUUUAGAAUGUAACUUGAAGGAUGUGAACAUUUUUAUUAUUGACAAAUUUUACAUAAAAUAAUUUUACAAGAAA